UCAUGAUUUCGAAGAUUUAAAGAUGAACGAUCUUAAUAUCCCCCCAGAUAGAGAAAGUUGGUCAAGAAAAAUCAGUCGCUUAGCAACUGAGUUUAUUGUUCCAGUUCUUCUUCCCGCAUCUACUGUUCUCAUUGUUUGGAUUGGUCAGAGGUACAAAAAUAUAAAAAACAAUGAAGUCCAUACAAACCCACAAUCGAAAAAAAAAGAUGCACAGCUCUUGUAUUUAAAACAUCGUCUUGGAUAUGAACAAAAACUACAAAUAGAAGAAGAAAAGGAAGUGCAGACAAUCUUGAAAGAUCUGGAACACAUAGAGCAGCACCUUGUCCAAAGACAGGAUAUUUUCUGCAGCUCGUUUAAAUCAAAGCAUGAUAGGAAGAAGGUGGAAGAUGCAUUACUUGAGUAUGCCUAUGAUCAGCCAUACGAAAAAGACAUUAAGUUAUACAAAGGGCUGAAAAAGAUACUGGAUGAAAAUUGUGGGGACCAGCACUGUGGCAGGAACCGAUAUGAGAAUGGAUGUCUGAUGUGGGAAUGGCUUGAUGGAAUGCGAGCUAAAGUGUACCUCAGGAAAUAUCAGCGGAUUUACUCGAAAAUGAAAGAUUGGGAGAAGUCAGCUAAUCUCUCGCUGAAAGGAUAAUGAAUUGAAGAUAAUUCACAAUUAAUGG